AAAUUUAGUUUUUUUUUUUUUGCUUUGCUUUAAUUUUCUUUAAAUAGUUUAUUACGACUAUUCACGAUCAUCAAUAUUUGUAUAGGUGUAUAUUUUUAGUUAUACAUCAUACACGUUGUCCAUAUUUUUCCAAUUGAAAGUCUGUUUUCCAAUUUAAAGUGAAAUCUCAAAACAUCUUUCACUAAAUGAAUCUAAAUUGUAGAUAUUUAUUCCUAUCAUCAUUUUCGCAUCAAUCUUGUUAUUAUUAUUUUUUCAAAAAAAAAAUAUUUUUAAUUAUUUUUUGUUUUCUCUUUUCACAUUUUCAUACUUUACUAGAUGUUAUAUUUACAAAAAGAAAGAACAUAUUACAAAGUGGCCAUUACUGAUUUCCAGAUUGGAUGUCAGUGUUUAACAAAAGUACAUUACCGAUUAUUAAAAGUAGAUUAUCAAUUAUUAAUUAAGAUUGUCAGUAUUUGAAUGUUUAUUGUUGGCAUACUUGUCCUGACUAUCUUUUUCCUUUUUAUUUUGCCAUUAUUUGUGGACUCUUCUUGAACCUUUCUUUUCUUUUGAUUUUAUGAAAUUUUUGAGCCUAAGUUGUUUAGUGUAAUCUGUGUUUUUUUACUAGCAUUGGAUUGUAUUAUUAAGUGAAGUAGGAAAAGAGUACUAAACAAUCUAUGUUUGAGAAGCUUUUUAAAAUAUAUGUUUUCUUUUAUGUUGUGAAUCUAUGAUGUUUAUAAGAAGUUUUGAAUGUUAAUCUACGGUUUGACUACAAGUUUCUCGUUACAGUGAAUUUGUCUUGUAUUAUUUCUACGCUAUUGGUUCGUAAACUAACUGUGAUGUCAAUUAUGAAUAAGAAGUGCUCUUGUAAUCUUGUUAUGAUCCUUCGAGAGAUGUUAAGUAUUAUUUUACACGGCGCGAAAUGUAUACGGUGAAGACGAUGUGGGUAAGUCAGUCCUGGUGUAAGUAAACAACGUGAAAUCGAGGGGGUUUAUUCACUUAUUGUUAGAGGGAUGAGAAAUCAAGGAUUUAUCAUUUAAUAAUUGGCCCGGCAGUGUAUAUAUAUAUUCUCUACACUCUACAGGGCUUGAAAGAUUUAUUAUACGGCUUGACUUGGUCUUCUAGGGUCCAAUUAAUAAUUGGCCCCCAAGUCGAAACAGUCCUUUUCCAUUUCUAAAUAUUGAAGUUUUAAAAUAAAUAUAUAAGGAAAUAUGAUGUGGUGGUGAUGAAAGAAACUGUAAAAGAUCAUAGGAACCAUUGUAUUAGAAUCGGCAUCCAAAUUUACAUAUUCGCUGGUAGUUUGUUUUCUUUCUUAAAAAUCACUAAAUCCAUUUUGUAGCCAGUUUACUUUAACAUAAUCGGCAACAAAAAGUCUCUAACCUUUUUGGCUUUAAAUAUACAGCGAACCUUUUACAACCAAACAAAAGAUAAAAUAAACAAGUAACCGCAUCUAUAUAAGUUUUUAAUGGUUCAAAUAUUAAAAUCAAAAGUCUUAUCUAGCGAUGGAAUAUUUAAUUACUAGGAAAAAAAGCAAUACUAUGUAACAUAAUUAAUUAAGGGUAUAUUAAAGGAAGUGGGGUGCAUGCGAUGCAUGGACUCAGACAAGAUUGAUCAAUUGUUUGAACAAUACAAUAAUGGUGUGGACGUCGUGCAUGGCUGGCUAAGAUCACAUGAAAAUGUAUGUCAAGUUGCUCAAUUUUCAUAUAGUUUUCUUUGAAAAAUCAUAUAAUAUGAGUUUACACUUGAAUCUUGUCUGGCGCAGAGAAGGUUCCUCCAAAUGAAUGAACUUAAAAUAACAGAAGAUAAUGAUCCAAGUGGGUGAAUUAUGACUUACAAAUUGUUGUUAUACUAGGGGUAAUCAAUUGGGUUUCUUAUGUAAAGUCGGAACUAAUUUUCAGACCAAAAACUCUUUAUAAAAUGAAAAAUUAUGAAAUAGUCAAAUAAUUGAAUGUGCUGAAACGCAGAUCCUUCUUAAUCACGAUCGCUAGGAGUAGGGACCGAACACACCUAACAACCCCUACGCGCCUUCUUUGACGGGGCCAGUGACUUGAAGAUGACUUGGUCAAACUUUUGAUAGCAAAGGGUAAAACCGACUUUUAAAUCCUAGUCUCAGAUCCAACGGACCCUAUUUAUUUAUAUAUAUGUAUCCAAAUCCGAAAACAAAUGAAUCCAAGGUAGGCCCAUGACAUUGCAUAAACGUGCGAGUGGUAGAUGCAGAUUUAUACCUAAUGUAAAAAUUAGAAGUUUAUAGCGUUACUUAAUUAUACGAUGUACAAAAAAAAAACUUCAAAUUUGUACAUUUCUUACAAUAUUCAUACCUUACAGAAUCAAAAUCACAUCAUUAAUACAUUAUUAGUCAAAAAAAAUUAUCAAAUAUAGGAGAGCCCUUGUCUUAGUAAUUAACCACUAAAAAUUUAAUUAACCAGCCACAAUCAUCCAAAGGAAUCAUGUAGUAAAAGACAAGCGUUCUCGCUUAGCCAUUAGUAAAAUUACACGUCAUAUACUUUAAUAAUAAAUGCUGUUAUUAUUCUUUAUUUAUUCUCCGCCAAAUUCAUUUUUAUUAAUUAUCUCUGUCUUCCUCCUCUGUUUCGAACGUAAUUGGCAUCUUCGUCUUCGUCUUCGUCUUCUUCGUCACCAUUUUCUCUGUAGCAAGACCGAGAGAGAGAGAAAGAAAAAAACGAAACGAAGAGACAUUUACAUACAAACAUACGAUCAAGGCUUUCUAUAUAUAUAUAUACACGUCCUAGCUCUCUAGGAUUUUAAAGUUUCUCGGAUUGAUUCCCAGAGUUUUGGAAUCUAUAGCACAUCAAGAAGACGAUUCAUAGACUCUGGAUCUGUUUCCUCUUUGAAGUUUCAGGUUUUGAAUUGAAUAAAGGAAUCAAAUCAAAUCAUCACGAGUUAGUUAAAGGAGCUUGUGGCUGGCUCAGGUUUUGAUGAGAUGAAGGCAGCUAAGAGGUGGAGUCUUGGAAACCUACGGGACAUGGCGUCUUCUUUGCCUGGACCUCGCCACCGCGCUCCUUCAAGGAGACGAGCGCGCGUAUAUAUCGUCAUGGCCCUCUCACUCAUCGCCUUCUUUGCUGUCAUCGCUUACAUGUACCCUCACCACAGUAAACGUGCUUGUUACAUGAUAUCUUCGAGAGGAUGCAAGGCUUUAGCUGAUUGGCUUCCGCCUUCUCUGAGGGAGUACUCUGACGAUGAGAUUGCGGCUCGCGUUGUGAUUAGUGAGAUACUGAGUAAUCCUCCUGUGAUUAGAAAAGAUUCCAAGAUUGCGUUUAUGUUCUUGACUCCUGGUGCGUUGCCUUUCGAGAGGCUGUGGGAUAGAUUCUUCCAGGGACAUGAAGGGAAGUUUUCUGUUUAUAUUCAUGCAUCAAAGGAAAGGCCUGUUCACUACAGUCGUUACUUUGUCAACCGUGAGAUUCGCAGUGAUGAGGUGGUGUGGGGAAGAAUAUCAAUGGUUGAUGCAGAGAGACGGUUGUUAGCUAAUGCUCUUAGAGACCCUACAAACCAGCAAUUUGUUUUACUCUCUGAUAGUUGUGUACCUCUUCGAAGUUUUGAGUACAUUUACAACUACCUCAUGUACAGCAACGUCAGCUAUGUUGACUGCUUUGACGAUCCAGGUCAACAUGGAUCAGGCAGGCAUAUGAAUCACAUGCUGCCUGAAAUUCAGAAGAAGGAUUUUCGAAAGGGUGCACAGUGGUUCACCAUGAAGCGACAACAUGCUGUAGCAACUAUGGCAGACAGUCUUUACUACUCCAAGUUCCGGGAUUACUGUGGGCCAGGUAUAGAGAACAACAAGAACUGCAUAGCUGAUGAACACUAUCUGCCAACAUUCUUUCAUAUGCUUGAUCCCACUGGCAUUUCUAACUGGACUGUAACACAAGUUGAUUGGUCUGAGAGAAAGUGGCAUCCCAAAACAUAUAUGCCUGAAGAUGUCACACACGAGUUACUAAAUAACCUCACGUCUACUGACACAGUCGUACAUGUCACAAGUGUUGGAGUGGGUGAAGAGAUAUGGAUGCCUUGUAUGUGGAACGGAAUCAAAAGACCUUGCUACUUGUUUGGAAGGAAGUUCCACCCGGAUACGCUCGACAAGCUGUUGGAUCUCUUCUCAAAUUACACAAAAUCAGUCUCUUGGCAACUGUGAUUUAAAAGGGUAUAUCUUCUUCUAUACACUCAGAUUCUUUGACCAACGUUCGGUUCCUCAUCCGCAUGACCUUUGAAGAGUAUUCUCAGAAAGAUCCAUAGAAGCUGUAACACUAGAUGUCUAGAAGCUUUAGGAGGUAUUGAGAACUUCUUUCAAUUGUUACUUCAUUUGGUUGGAGGGAGACGAUGGUUUAAUUUUUCUUUCUCUACUCUGCUUUUCGGUAUAUCUCAUAUUGUUUACUUCAAUUGUUGUGAAAAAAAAGAGAAUUUUCGUCUUUGUUUUUGUGGAUAGUUUUAUAUUUUUUGUUCAGAAUGUUGAAGAGACAAACUUAUACAGUUUUAUAGAGUUUCUUUUCAUAUAUAUAUGCUCUUUGGUU